ACAUAUUACAUACGAACCAAAAAUUUCGUGUUAAAUUCGAAGUGUGAUAAAUCGAGGUUUUCCUACAAUGGAAAAAUCGUUAACAUGAACGUUUGUUUAAUCAAAAUGAUAAUAAAUAUUCUUACGUAAUUUUAUAGCUAAUUCGCCAGUGAAAUAAAUUAAAACUAUCGCUACUAUUUACAUUUGUUUAAUGUUUAAAUGAGUCUAUUUGCAGAUAUCCUGCUGAUAUGACUGGAGAUCAAGUAAUAUUGUCUGCUUUAGAAUUUGGAGGGGUAAGUUUGAAUGAAGAAAAUAUGAUCCGAGAUUCCAACGCAAUUAGGUUGAUGUACGCAUUGGACCGCAGCACGAAAGAAAAGAAAGAAAUGGCACUGAAAUGGGAACAAAUGUGUUUAGAUACUUUGUCAAAAAUUAAUUUGAACGGUACCAAAAUUUCUAAACUACUAAGUCGCUCUGUCGAAGACGAAAUUGGUCGAACAGGCGAAAUAUCAUUGCCUCUUAUUUUCAUUAUGGCUCCAAUUAUGCUGUUAUUUUCAUCAGUUUCUUGCUUAUCAACUGACUCUCUCAGUAGCAAACCUUGGAUGGGUAUUGCAAAUUGCGCAUCACCUUUUUUAGCAACUGUUUCAGCAUUUGGUCUCCUGUGUUACUGCAAAGCGGAUUACGCAGCAGCAAAUGUCAUGAUUUUUUUUCUAAUUUUAGGCCUAUACAACAGAAGAAAAGUAUAACAUCGUUUAAAAUUUGACCGUCUAACAGAUAACCUUACUGAAGUUAAUCGGGAAAGUUUCGUAACUUUCCCAGUUAAACUUUAAAAAUACGUUGCACCAUCUGUUAGUAAAUUUUAUUUUUAAAUAUAUACUGUAUGUUAUUUAAUAUAUUAUUACAUAUUAUAAAAUAUAAAAAGGCUUAAUUUUGCAAUGUAAUUGACGUCAGUAAAAUCGAUUAAAAAAUUUUUUAUAGCUAAUAGCUAAUAUUUCCGCAAAUUUAGUAAAUUAUACUUUUCGUCAUAGCGUAAAAAAAUAUAACCAAAAUUUUAUUUCGAGAAGACAAAAGUAAUAAGAGUUGUAGGAAAUUCAAAUAAACACACACAUACGAUCUCUUUUAUAUUGUUAAUUAAUUAUACAAAAGAACAAGUAACUAAUGUGUUAAAAAUUUAAAUUAAAAGUUCUAACACUCAUAAAUUUAUCCUAGGAGAUAUUCUACUCGGUUCAUAUUAUAACUUGUAACUGGAACUAACAAAAUUCUCACUACAUACGAUGUGUAGUGAGAAAUUUGAGUUGUGCGGUGGAAACUCCAUAUUUCUGUAGUAAUUAAUUUUUCGAUUGCGAGUUUUUGUAAGUAUUUUUUCUUUUGGUUAAAGUUAAAACGUUUAUCUAAUUAACACAGUAUAGAAACCACGAAAUAAAGAAGAAAUAUUGGUAGAAUUUACCGUUUGUAUCAAAUAUAUACGAGAGAUAAACAUCAAUAUUAUCAUUUAAAGCAAUAAACUACAACAACAAUUAACUCAGAGUACAGCAAAUUGUAUGACAUGCGAGCUCAAAGUACGCACACAGCGUGUCUAACGAUUAAGGUCAAACGAUGAUUGAAGUUAAUAAAUUAUUCUACGAAUAUAAGAUUUGUAUUAUUCUA